AUGAAACAGGGCUUCCAGAUAAAUGAUUUUCUCCUCAGAUCCCCCUCCCACCCUCCUGCCAGAGUCAUCCUCCAGCACGCCCCAGCAUUCCUCUGGGCCCCGCAUCUCAUCUUCCAGCUCCUUUCAGAGAGAGAUCUCUCUGGACGUAACACCUCCUGCGAUGGCAAACAAGAGUCGUACUCGCCAUCCGACCCGUUGCAUGUUGUAGUCUCUAAAAGAUCAAAAGAGCUGAGCGAGCUGCCUGAAGAGAUCCAGAGGAACACACGGGUCCCACUGUGGCUCCGAGAGGAACUUGAAGGCUUUGGGAUGAGAUUCAAAGUGAAAGCCGAGCAGCACAGAGUCAUACGACCGAAUCCUUGUGGGGAACGGAUGGAAGAAAGCUAUGAGACAUUUGAGGAGGAGUUAGGGACACCAAGAGCAGAUCCUCCUCCAUACAAGUCAGUUGGACAGAUCCGCAGACCAGAAAUGUAUGCUGCAAGGAAAAUCAGAGAGGAAAUGGCUCCAGCUUCACAACAACCAAGGGCAGAACCCAAGACUUUACUCAAAGAACCCAGCUUCCCUAAAACACCAUCCUUGUCUAAAACCUUGUCCACACCAAACCUGGCCCAGAUAGAAACACCCUGGGAGAACGUCACUCUGAACCGGUGUCUGUUUGUGGCCAUCACAAUCCUCGUGCUCACCUCGGGCUUUCAGAGGCUUCAUGAAACUUUGCGUAGUCGGGGGACUUUGCACGGUCAGGAGGAAGAAGUUGUUGGACUUAAGGUGAGAAGGUCAGAAACAUUACGUCACAGAGGACAACCAUCAGAGCCUCAGACCUCUCUGUGGGAAGUAAUGUUAUUGUGGCUGCCAGACCUUGAUGACGAAGAGGAUGAGGAGGAAGAAGAUGACGACGUAGAAGUGAAAAGAGGGAGAGCAAAGGGAGGAGCAAUGUCACGAACACCAAGAGGUCUCAGAAACAGGCCGCUACCGGACAGAAAGCUCACAAAGCAAAGAGAUGGGAAAUUAAAGGACAGGAGGGUCAGGAAAGCCAGGGAUGAACAAACCAAAGACAAGAAAAAAAGAGAUGAGGAGGAACUCGAAGAAGCAGUGAGGGAAGAAGAUGAAGAUCAAGGCGGUGAUGAGGAGAUAGUACCUGAGAAGAAUAAAAGGUUGGAGGAAAAGAGAGAAAAGAAAGGGACUCAAAAGGAAUCAUCUACAGUGAUUUGA